AUGAAUGCCCUUCGUCAUGAAGAACUACUCUUGGAACUGGAGACUGUCCGUCGACGCAAUCGCUUUGAUUCUUUCCCAUCAGCUGAUACAGAUUCUCUUGUUCUUGAUUACCAGCAUUUGACUGGGGUCUCAACUGGCUCGAAUGAGGCUUUAUCAUCACCUCACCAUCUCGUCGGUGUGUAUAAUAUAAAGAGUUUGUCGGGACAGAAGUUGACGCCUGCUGUACAGAACGAGGAUCAAGACCUCUUUGUCUGGAACUUAGGUCGAAUGGAAAAUCAGGAGCAACGUCAAGAGAAGAGUGUCCUUGAUAAAUUGAGAGGUUUGCUCGAACUUAGGAUAAUAAAUAUGACUCAGCUUCGAUAG